ACAAGGAUUAUAUAUUUCAGGUUGCAUAUUUAUAUCUGAUUUAGAUUACUUAUAGAAUGCAAAAACCAAUAUUCUUGUUCACUGGUGUUCUCAUUUUUGGCAUCUGUAUAAAUUCAUUCGUGAUUGCAGAUAAUACCAAAAGGAAAAUUAAUUCUGAUGAUUUAACAAAGGAAGAUCUUGAUGUGUUUCUGGAAAGUAUUCUAUCUCGGAGAGAAAAAGAUGCUACCGUGGAAAACUGCGAUUUUGAAGAAGUAUCUGGAGUUAUUCUAAGAACUCAUGAUUCACUUGCGAAUGGAGCUAAGUUCAUUUCUGCCCCUGAUUAUAUUAAUACAGAACCUGAAUGCAAAAAGGCAUGUUGUAAUAAUCGAGAAAAGAACGGAACUCUUCAUUGUGAUCUAGCGGUGUUUCAGAAACAAGAUGAUGACCCAUCUGAUGAUCAACCGAGAUGUUUCCUAUUCUCAUGUUUUUUGGAAAAUAGGACAGAUAUAUGUGUGUUGUCACCAAAUUCAGAUUACAAAGUACUUAAAAGAAAAUAUGAAGUGGCUGAAAAACAGCUCAUCGAUGUCGCUGCGGAGAAAAAAGAAUCCAGUAAUAAAGAAACAGAAUCAGAAAAUAAACAAUGUGCGAAGCAAUUUAAAAAGACAACUGGCAAAAUAAUUAGGACUCAAGAUUCUAUCACAAAUGGUGCUGAAUUCUUGAUGUUACCAAAAAAUAUAGAAACAGUGGAACAGUGUGAGGAAGAGUGUUGUUCAACUGUUUCUGACAAGACGUCACGUCAUUGUGAUUUUGCCGUCUUUCAGCAGAAAAAGGAUGAAUCUCAGAGUGAUAAGCCAAGAUGCUACUUGUUUUCAUGUACUGAUCAUGAUGGGAAAUUCAAAUGUCUCACAUCGUUAAAUGCGGACUAUGUUACUCUACAAAGAACGCUUGAUGUUGAAGAAAAUCAGCUUAUAGAUAUGGCUACCAGUUUAGCAUCUAAGACUGAAACAAUAUCAACUACAUCAACUCUGCCUAUUAAAACACUCAUGUCCACAACAACUACCACUACUAGUACUACUGUAUCAUCGGCUUCAAUUUUGGAGAAUGAAUUGUCUUCUACUGUUCAUGUUGAUAAAUCUUGUGGACGGUUAGAUUGGAAAUGUGAUGAUGGUAGCUGCGUUAAAGUUACUGAUGUCUGCAAUGGAAAAUAUGAUUGUCUUGAUCAUAGCGAUGAAGGUAGUUGCGAAGGACUAGGUCGCCCUUAUACUAAAGACGCAAAAACAAUCGAAGAAGAACCGAAAUUUUCAACAAGUAAAGCUUUGCCUGUGACUUCUGUUAGUGUACAAGAAUCAACAGUCGCCACCACGACGAUACCAAAGAUUUUGCCAUCAACAAUUACUUCAAAUAGCGAAAUAGAAAUUAUCGAAAACGAACUAGAAUUUGAAAGUGUUGGUGAAAGAACAGCCCCACAGAAGGGUGCUGUGUUACCUCUUGCUCUUGGAUUAUCUGUUACUGCAUGUGUACUGCUUAUGGUAGGUUGCAGAUUGCACAUCAUGAAGAAAAAAUUGAGAAGGCGUGGUAAGCCACUGUCAAUGGAAGAGUCAGACUAUUUAAUCAAUGGAAUGUAUUUAUAAAAUUAGAUUAUUGUUCUUAUAUUAGUUACUGUGAUACUUUCAUAAUAUACUGAGUUAAAGCGAUCUAGUAUUGUAGUCUAUAACUAUUCAUUUUAUGUUCUGUACACUGGCGUCUUCAAUGAGAUCAUUCUUGCGCAGUCUUUUUAAACUUAUUAUUUCACUCACAAACUCGCUUUAACUUACCGGGUAACAGUUUUUCAAGAAUGAAAGUGUAAAUUUUGGUAGUAUUGGACUAUCGUUAUUAGACCAUACAUAAUAUGUUUUGUAAAUUGAAAACUAAAUUAAUUUUAUUUCUUCUCAUAGUUCUCCAAAUUUAAAAUGAAAGUUCGUUUUUAUAAUAUUUAUGGUUUUUCAGUCAGUUUUAGUAUUUUUUCUAGUCCGUUGAUGGAACAAUAUCCAUGACGAAGUAAUGUAUAAUUAGAUACAACUUAUUGCUCAAUUGGAUUAUUAAUAGUGCUUAUUUAUAAUGUAUUUGGUAAGAAUAGUUUGUAUUUAGUUUUAUGGAUCGAAUUGAGAUUUUAGUGGCAAAUGACAAGCCUCAGUAUUUUCAUACAACUUUCAACCACAGCCUACCGGUUUUUCUGUUUAAAGUGUUUUUACAGUAUAUACAUUUUAAUAGGUUGUUAUAAACUUAAUGCAGUAUAUUUUUAUACCAUUUUCAAUGUGUCUGUCAUAUCCAAUGCAGCAUUUUCUAUUCUUUUUUGUUUUUUAUGAUUUCAAUUUCCAGUCAUCAUGAAUUGUAUACUACCAUCUCAUUUGAAGCAUACCAACAUUUAACUAUAGACAAGCAAGUAUUUCAGCAUUUAAAUAUUUAAGUUCUAGGUCAGUAUAUCUGGUAUAUACAGUCCAAAUAGCAAUUUGGUAAAGUUGCCUUAAUUAAAAAUUCCAUUGAUUUUUUUCACUUCACAAAUUUGUUGUCUAGGUUUUGAAUUAAAUGACUAAUAUCUUAUAAUGAAUAAGGCAAAUAUGACAAUAUUGUAUUCAAUUCAUGAUCCAACCAUCCUCCCAUUACAGGUUUAGUUUCCUGUCUUGAAUAAUCAAUUAUCUUUGUUCACAAAUAAUAUAUACCGAUACUUAAAUAAUGUGCAGUGCUGUAUCUAUCAUAUACACAAUGAAUCUAAUAUUUUAUUAAGAAUAAUGUAAAUUUGAUCACUUGGCAUAGUUUGCUUAUAGAUCGACUACAGUUAACUUCUGAUAACUGUAGAAAACCCUAAAAUAAAUAGCAAUCUAAGCAGAGAUUAACUUCCAUGUAUUAUUACAGUAUAUUUUAAUUUUUAACAUCUUCAAAUAAAAUCUGAUUUAUGUUCUGUUCUCUGUUCAAUAUUUUUCAAUGAAAAUAUUUUCAGAAUGGUGAAAUUAUAUUUAUUUUAUAACAUUCAAGUCGCCUUCUUCUCGUUAGCAUUGUUAACGAAUCCAGUAAUUGGAGCUUCAAAAGGUUCAUUUUAAAUAAUAAUGAUUAUACGAAAUGAAUAAUUUAAAUGAUCCAUCUGUAGGCAUGGGAUGUUAAGAGGGUUGUUAAGUUCCAUUCUUAAGUCAUAUGACAAUUUCACUAUGGCCAAUAUAAAAUUUUUGUUUUUAUACUUCAAUUUAAUUUUUAAAUGACACAAAUGGGCCAAUAUUACUUACAGUAAAUGUUAAUACACUUUGAUAAUCUUUCAAUAGUUGUCAAAUGAUAUUGUUUAUAUAUUUGACUUUUUUUAGAUUGUUUUAUUAUAAUUAAUUCUGCAUGAACAGACUAUUGGUAAAAUUACUUUCAGUUUGAGAUUUUGACUUUACGUUGAGAAUUUAUUUUGAACAAAAUUUAAAAGAAAAGAAUUUGUUUUUAUAAAAAUUCAGAUAUUCAAAUUUAUUUUUUUCUCAUAUUGUGAUGUCAUAAUUCAAGUCAAAAACUUUUUAAUAUUCCCCCUUGAACUUUGUAUUUGUUAUUGAUGGUUUGUUAGUCCACAAAUUUUUAAGAUAAAUAUAAGAUUAUAUCCUGAUUACUUUAGCAUCUGUUGUUCUAUUUGUUUGUUCUAUUUUUUUAACUCCGUAAGUAUGUCAACCAAGAUGGCGGACACCAGAGCGUAGUAUGUGUACCAGGUUAGGGUAGUCUCAGAACUCGUAAUAGAACUAAAUUAAGGAAAAUUGAAAUAAAAUUAUGGCCUAACCCGGUACACAUACUACGUUUCGGUGUCCGCCAUCUUGGUUCACAUACUUUGGGAGUACCCUAUUUUCUGUUUAAUUAUGCAUAUCUAGAUUCAAUUCACUACCACAGAUUAAUAUUCAAAUUGGUGCUCUACUUAGGUAGUUACCAACGGCCUUCAUUAGACUGCCUAUAAGUAUAAUUUUCAGAAAUAACCUUCCAGUAUGGUUGGUUCAUGUGCUGAAUCCCACUUUCAUGUUUGUGCAAUAUAUUGUUAAUCGUUCAUUAUUGAUUUAUAGACUGGUGUUUAGAAUAUGCUGUUGGACUAUUUACUUUCUGUUGGGGAUGUCUAAAUUUUUUUAAUAAAAUUUGAGAAUAAUGAUAUCGAACAUUUUUUUCAAACAUUUGCUACAUUUUGAUUAUAUGUUGGUGUUUUGCUGACCAAUUUUAGGCAGCCCAAAAUAUAUUCUUAAAUUCCAUUUCAGUUAAUCUUAUGAGUCUGACUUCAUUCACUUUUUGAGUUAGUUCAAGUACUGAACUUCAUUAAAACAGCACAAUGUGUGUCUGAUGAUUACCGUAUAUGCUCGUUUUAUCGCCCAAUUUUGAUUAAGGGCCCGUUUGAAUAGCCGCUCGUGUGAACAGAACAUAAAAUAAAUAAGGGCCGGUGCUUGAAUACCCGCCAGAUGUAAAAGCUGAU